AUGAGCAAUACAAGCUGCCACAUUGAAAUUUUGAUUGGCAACAAAUACCGCAUCGGCCAGAAGAUUGGGGCGGGCUCGUUCGGCGAGAUCUUCCGCGGCACAAACAUCCAGACCGGCGAGCCCGUGGCCAUCAAGCUGGAGCAGGUGAAGACGCGCCACCCGCAGCUGGCCUUCGAGGCCCGAUUCUACCGCAUUCUCAACGCUGGCGGUGGGGUCGUGGGCAUCCCCAACAUCCUGUUCUACGGCGUGGAGGGCGAGUUCAACGUGAUGGUGAUGGAUCUGCUGGGGCCCUCACUCGAGGACCUCUUCAGCUUCUGUGGUAGGAAACUCUCGCUGAAGACCACGCUGCUGCUGGCCGAGCAGAUGAUCGCGCGCAUCGAGUUUGUUCACAGCAAGAGCGUCAUCCACCGCGACAUCAAGCCGGACAACUU